UUUUGUAGCGUCCUGUGGCCGCCGAGAGUUUUGUUGUCGUGGAGCGUCGCAGAUAUGAGCUCUCGGGCAGCUGGUGAAACUCAGGCGGCGGCGGCGGCGGCAGGAGACGGUUCGGACGAUGAGCCUUGCUUGUCUGACAGCGGGAGUGAGGGUGCCUGGGAAGAAGACGACGGCGAUUUGAAGGGACCUGCGCUGAGGGCCCCCUGCCUCUUCUGCGACAGAUUUUUCAGUUCAGCCGAAGAUGCUUUUUGCCAUUGUACGUCAGACCAUGGAUUCGAUAUUGGCAUGGUGGCUCUUAAACAUAGACUUGAUUUCUAUGGCUACAUUAAGCUAGUAAACUUUAUUAGACUGGAAAAACCAACCGUAGAAUGUCUUUGUUCUAUCAAUUCCCCAUUUCCUUGGGAAGAAGAGAAAUAUUUGAAGCCUGCACUGGAAGAUGACCUCUUGCUUCAGUUUGAUGUAGAAGAUCUUCUGGACUCCACCAGUAUCUCUUGUCCUAAUGGGCUAACUGAGGCUUCAUCCUGCCUUGAGCUCUUAAAACAUGCAGAGCAGAGAGCAGAGCUGGCAGAAGCUGCAUUGGCCAGAGCCCAAGAUGAUGUUCAGAAAAUGAGACAAUUUGCUCAGGAUUUUGUGAUGAACACCGAAGUCAGAAGUGGCUCAGCCAGCAGCAUUGCGGAUCUACGGGAGGAUGAGGAGGAUGUUUACUUCAGCUCAUAUGGCCACUAUGGGAUCCAUGAAGAGAUGAUAAAGGAUAAAGUGCGCACAGAAGGCUAUCGUGACUUCAUAUAUCAAAACCCCCACAUCUUUAGAGAUAAGAUUGUCCUAGAUGUUGGUUGUGGAACUGGAAUCCUCUCCAUGUUUGCUGCCAAAGCAGGUGCAAAAAAGGUGAUAGGAGUGGACCAGUCUGAAAUUAUCUAUCAGGCUAUGGACAUAAUUAGACUCAAUGGAUUUGAAGAUACUAUUUCUUUGAUCAAAGGAAGAAUUGAAGAAGUUGAUUUACCUGUUGAAAAAGUGGAUGUUGUCAUAUCUGAAUGGAUGGGUUAUUUCCUUCUCUUUGAGUCAAUGCUGGAUUCUGUAAUUUAUGCAAGGGACAAGUACCUGGCAAAAGGAGGCUCAGUGUAUCCUGACAUCUGCACCAUUAAUCUGGUGGCUAUAGGUGACCUCAGUAAACAUGCAGACAGAUUAGCUUUCUGGGAUGAUGUAUAUGGCUUCAGCAUGUCCUGCAUGAAGAAGGCAGUAAUUCCAGAAGCUGUUGUGGAAGUGUUAGAUUCAGGCACACUUAUAUCUGAAGCGUGUGUCAUCAAGCGGAUAGACUGCCAUGUUGUAUCAGUUCCAGAACUGGAAUUUUCCUCAGACUUCACCCUGACAGUCACGAAAACCUCAGUGUGUACGGCAAUUGCUGGAUUUUUCGAUAUAUAUUUUGACAAGAACUGCAACAAACAAGUAUUAUUCUCCACUGGUCCCGGUUGUACCAAAACACACUGGAAACAAACAGCAUUUUUUCUGGAGAACCCAAUUUCUGUGGAAGAAGGUGAAGAAUUGAAAGGAAAGAUAACGAUCCACAAAAAUAGAAAAGAUCCACGCUCCCUCAUCAUAAUACUUUCGGUUAGAAAUGUGAAACAGAUGUAUAGCCUUCAGUAAAGACUGUUGUACAACCAAGUUCAAGAUCCAGUCUUUAAAAAUGUGCCUGAUGGCAACUUAUUUGCAGGCAGAAACAUCUGGAUUUAAAUUAUGGUUAUUUGGUUCAACUUCAUAGUCUGAGAAGUAUAUCUAGUAAGAUGAAUCCAUGAGGAAGGCUGCAAUCCUGUGCAUAAUUAUUUGUGAGCAGUCUCACUGAACACUGGGACUUUCUUCUGAGUUAUGCAUAGUAUUGCUCUGGAAAUUAAGUCUGCUCAAGUCUGUAUAUAGCAGUUUUACAACUCUGAAAAAUAUUCUUAAUGAAUUGUUAGUUUAGUAUUUAGGAACACCAGUGGAAAGUGGGGGGUAGAUGAUUUUUGUCCCAGUAUUUUAAUAAAUGCAAUUAAAAAAUAAACUCAUUCAUAUUU